AUGGACAAGAUUGAACAGAGUUCAAUGAAACGGUCAUGCAAAUACUCGAACGGGAUUGGUUCGUCUAACCAUCCACUCAUAAUCGGCUCAGACAGCAAUGAUCCGCCUCGGCAAAGGCUCGCAAUUGACGGCAGGAUCCACGAGCUGUGCGGUCGUCAGGAAUCUUCCCGGAUACAGAAACCUCAGCAGAGACCUACCAAUGCUGGCGCUGCUGCGCAGUCGAGUCAUUCCAGCGGUGAUCCGAAGGACCAGAUUGGAGCGGAGAGUACCUGGAUCGACUUUAAUGCUGUCUCCUCCGAUCGUAGCCGCAAAGAUGUUCGUUCCCAGGCUGCGCGAGCGAGUGCCGCCGCACGACGAGCGACCCUUGCGAAGAAAGCAGCGAGACAAGGACAACAACCUGGAUCGCUAGUGUUUUCGCUCCCAAUGCCAUCGCCGCCACAAAGGAAAUCCCUGCCGGUGCUAGCUCCACCUGCUAAGACGACUAUCAUUACGACUCUAUCCCCCCAGAGACCCGCGAAUACCGUGGCAGCUCUGGAACAAGCGGUCGUCAGGCAUGCUGUCCAGACGCAGAGUUCGCCUGAUCAGGUCUACUUUCAGCAGAUGGUUGACAUCGUUAUUCGAUUCCUGGAUGACCGGCCUACAUCUCUAUGCCAAGAAGGCGAGAUCUCGCUGGCGCAUAGCUCGAUUCGAUCGAUGCUGUGGAACGCCAUGACGGGCAACACCACGCUAUUCCAGGUCUCUCUGUUCUUGGCUGGCACCUACAGCAACACCUGUGGACUUCCACGCCAGGCUCUGAGGCAUAUCGGAGCUGGACUAGCAGUGCUACGGGGUGCAUCACUUAAUGCUAUCCAGGAGAAACUUGCCGUAGCUGACGCGGAAAGCAUUGCUCCUGUGGCGAUAGCUUUGCUCGCGGGCUGGGAGAGGCGAUACGGCGAUCAACAGUCUUAUGAAGUUCACAUGAAAGCAUGGAAGACACUGGCAAUUGCUGGUCGAAGUCUAGAGGAGCAGAACGUGGCUACUUUGACCGAUCUGGCGCUGGAGAUGUACCGUGGAUCCUUGGACGAUGGUGGACAGCGCACACGAUCCAUGGGCCAUCUGGUCUCCUUACCCGCCGGCUUUCGGGUUUUCGACAUGCGGCGAGUGGAGAUGCGCAGUCUGCUAUCGCUAGUCGCGCAAAUGGCACUAUACGAUCCACACUCCAAGGCUGAGCCGAUGCGCCUCAGACAUGUAGCCCUGGAGAACAUGUCCUGGAGUCCCACCCACACGCACGGCUUUGAGCCAGGUCCAGAUUAUGAAGACUCAUAUGACCCAGCUGUCCUGUCUGCUUUAUACCACGUCCGUGCAGCCAACAUAAACAUCUGCGGCGUGCUACUGCAACAUACCAUGAACGUUCAUAAGAUCUUUUGGAACUUCGACAUGAAAAAUGGAAUGAUAAUCCAUACGAGCUCUUGCCGGCAUCUCCAAACAGAGCUCCUGAUGGGCACGCAGUAUGAGUACAUUGCCCUCUGGGCUAGAUUCAUGCUGUGCGCGAUUGCGCGGGACCCGUUGCAGGAUUCUCUGCUCAUUAGUACGCUGCAUAGGAUGAGAAUCUAUGCCUGGCCGCAAUUGAGAGCUGUGUUUUUGAGCUUGUUGUAUGAUGAUCAGCUGAUGAGCGGGUUUUGUGAGGCUUUGUUCGAUAUUCUUGUAGCACAUCCAGAGUGGGCAGGGGAUGAUCGAAGGCCGUCAACUAGUCUGGUUUCGAGGACGGAGAUCAGCUAUAAGGCGUGA